CGGGAAUCGCGAUUGAACAACAUUUGACUUUGACUUGAUGUAAUCUAUUUUAUGUUUGGAACAUUACAAUGAAUUGAAUUCAAUAAUCAUAACCGUAUAUUUUUUAAACAAUAAUAGUUUUUUGUCAAUUUUAUAAAGAUAUAUAAAUAUCUGCUGUCAACAUGGAUUUUGAAUUCGCAAUUCCGUUGAGCAUUGAUGAUCUUCUUCACAAUGAAUCACCCUUAUAUGUUGUUCAAGAAGUUGCGUCUUUGAGAGAGCUUCGAGUGAAGAUAGAAUUGAGUGGUCGUGCCCUUACUCAGGAUGGAUGUUUCUUUAUUCUUGAGCAUUUUGACACACUUUACUCCCAUUUGGUUCAGUGCAAAGAGCUGGAUGUUAGAGAUUUGGUUGCUGUGCUUCAUCAGGCCCUGGGCGGUGUUGAAAAUAUGGUGAGCUGUUUCCCAGGUCUCAUUACAGAUGAUAUGGAUGCUGACCAGCGAAAAAAAAUGCUUAAUGUUGCCAAAAUGAACAUGUUUAUAUUUUGUUAUGCAUUCCGCAUUGUUGAGGAUAAAAGAAUGGGAAAGGAUAUGCUUUUUGAUAUCAAGGGUCGGAAGAAAACCGCAAAGUCUGUUGAACACUUUGGAUGGGAUGAAGAUAGAAAUCGUGUGCUUUUUGCUUUAUACGCCUUUGUUCAAAUACCAAUUCAGAAGUUAUGGAAUCCACCUGUUGUUGAUGAGGAGUUUGUCAGCCUAGUGUCCAACAUAUGCUAUAAAGUGUUGGAGGAUCCAGGAAUCAGUUCUGUGAAGUUGAAGCCCAUGAGAGAGUCGAUCUUUCAAAUUUUGGGCACUCUUGUCUCACGCUUUCAGCAUGGUUUGAGUUGUACUGUGAAAAUAGUGCAGCUCCUCAAAAUCUAUGAACAUCUCUGCACUCCUCUCGCUGAAUGUGUUAUAGCUCUUGUUCAAGAUUAUGGAUGCCGGGGAUUUUUGCGUGAAGUUGUUCGAGAAAUUAGUGAAUCAGAGUCUAUAUAUGAUUCAAAUGGAGCCAAAACAUUUUCUCUGUUUUUGACUGAGAUCGGCAAGAAUGCAUCUGAUCUUGUUUUGCCAAUCAUGAGUUUUUUAUUACCACACUUGGAAAGUGAUCCAUAUACUAUGCGCAAUUGUGUGCUUGAAAUCAUGGGAGAAGUCCUUGUUCAAAUUCUUAGUUCUGAAACUAUGAAUGAAGAGCUGCGUGAGACACGAAAUAUAUUUCUUGAUCAUCUUCAUGAUCAUCUACUUGACACUAAUGCAUAUGUACGCUCCAAGUCAUUGAAAGUAUGGCAGCGACUGGCUCAAGAGAAAUCUAUCCCAAUUUCAAGUUUUGGGAGUCUUCUGAAGGACGUUGUUGAAAGGCUACAUGACAGUAGUUGGACUGUUGUGAGAUCAGCUGUGCAAUUGGUCAAAAGCAUUCUUGAGAACAAUCCAUUUGGAGCCAAAAUGGAUCUGAACACAGUAAGAGAGAAAUUAGCAAUUGAGGAAGCAACCUUGGCCAAGUUACAAGAAGAAUCUUGCAACAUGGAAAAUAUGACCCGAGCACAGAGAUGGGAGGUUCUUGUGCCAUCUAUUACACUAUUUGUUGAGGAGGCGUUACAGUCAGACAGUGCAAACAAAGAAUCUAGUGAUCAGAAUGAAGAAGAAGCAAAUGACAUGAACGAAGUAGAAAUGAUGAAAACACUGAAAGAAAUAAGAGAAUGUAUUGAUAAAAAAGAGUUUGAAAAAGCUAUGAAGUUAGUACGGAGAACUGAAAAAAUGUUCCCUGGUGCAAGUGAACUCAGGCAAGAUAAACGUCUUGAAUGGCAGGUUGACUAUUUUAUAAAAUUAAUCAAGAAAAUUUAUAUUGAAAUGAGUGAGGAAGCAAAUGAUGAGGACAAAGAAAAUGUGAAUAAUGAUGAGGAAGAAAAAAAGAAGGAGUCCAAUAAAAAGAGCAAGAAACGAAGAUUACAAAACUUGCACCAAUGUGAAGAUGAAAUGAAAGUAGAAGAACCAGAAUCUGUCCAGAAGGCUGCAAUUCAAACCAGGGUGGUCCAAUACAUAAAAGAUUGUGUAACAUUUGCUGAGGAAAUUGAGAAAGCUAUCACUGUGAUCUCAUCACUUCUACACUGUGGACAAAUACAUGUGGUUCAGGACACAAUUGAAUUUUUGACCACUGCAUCAAUGUUUGGAUUUGAUCAGUCAAACACAGGGAUAAAGCAAAUGUUAUUACUCUUGUGGAGUAGUGAAGCAAGUGUGAAGGAAGCGGUUGCUUUAUCUUACAAAACUCUUUAUCUGGAUAUUCAGCCUGAAAUUCCAAGUGGUCGAGCCCAGGCAAUAGAAAUUGUACGCAAUUUGUCUAAGCUUCUAAGCACUCUGGACCAGAAUGAGAGAGCAGCCCUAGAAAUUUUAGUCACAGAAUGGGUUUCAUCUGGAGCUCUUGACAAGCCUUGUAUACAGGUCAUGUGGGAAAGAUUUUCUUUGGCUUUGAAAGACACAACCCCUGAGGAGAGCCAAUGGGCCCUCCAGCUUUUGACCAUGGUUGCUGCAUCUAAAAUCCAAAUUGUGCAGACGAAUAUUGAUGUGCUAGUAAAAGUUGGUCUAAGUGAAAGAGGACAAAGACAGAGUCUUAUCAUUCAAGACACUUGUAAGGCUCUUUUAAAACUUGUUCCUAGUGGUAGAGUAACCUCAGAUGAUGAACCGUUGAGGUACCCCCAAGAUCACAUAAUGUUCCAGACCCUCUUGGAAAUUAUUAAGGAUGGAUUCACAUCUAUUGAAGAUAAACACUAUGAGAGGAUGGCUGAAGAAGCCUUGGAUGUUAUUUACAUGCUCUCAGAGAAUCCAGAUGUGACAUGUGAAAAUCUCUUGAAGUAUAUAAUGGAUCAAGUUUGCGUGAAAUCAAGUGAUGGUGAAUCAAGUGACUCGCAAGAGCUCUCUUGUCGUGCUGAGAUUGUUGCAAGAUUAGUUUUCUUCAUUGGUCAUAUUGCCUACAGGCAAUGGGUACACCUUGACAAAUUUGUAUUCCGUGAACUGAAACGGCGGAACCGACUGCGUGAAAAAUUUGCGGAAGAAUCUAACGAUCUAAAAGCAAAAGCAGCUAGUUUAAAAACCAAAAAGAAAAAAGGGAAAGACAAAAAUGAUGUUAAUGAGUCUGUUUUACAAAACUCAGUCCUUUCUGCUUCCCACAUUUUAUUGGAAAAACAGGAACCUGAUGACGGUAUUGGUGGUGAUAUUGCUGCUGAUGAUGCUGAAGCAGAAUAUAUAAACAGUGUUUGUGAAUCAGAGAUUGUCACUGGGCAAUCUUUGCUUGGCCAACUGAGUUCAAUUGUUGUUUCUGUGUGUGCCAAUCCUCAUAAGUACACAGAUAUUAAACUGCAGGCCACUGCAAGUUUAUCUCUAACUAAAUUGAUGUUAGUGUCCUCAGACUUUUGUGAGAGACAUCUGCAGUUGGCAUUUACCAUGAUGGAGAAAUCUGUUGUUCCUCAAAUCCGUUCAAAUUUGGUUUAUGCAAUGGGUGAUCUUGCUAAUCGGUUCCCAAAUCUGAUUGAGCCAUGGACCAAACAUUUCUAUUCCAGGCUGGGUGACAAGUCUUCCCAGGUUCGUCAAGAUACAAUUUUGGUCCUAAAGCAUCUGAUAACUAAUGAAAUGGUUAAAGUGAGAGGGCAAAUAUCUGAUCUAGCUCUUUGUAUUGUUGAUCCUGAACCUCAAAUUUCAUGUAUGGCAAGUUCAUUAUUUGAAGAACUCUCCAAGAAGGGUAAUACUUUGUACAAUGUUAUGCCUGACAUAAUUUCAAGAUUAUCGAAUCCAAGUGCUGAGGUUGAGGAAGAGAAAUUCCAGACUAUUAUGAAGUUCCUCAUGCAACUCAUUCAGAAAGAUCGACAAAUGGAGUCUUUAGUUGAUAAAUUAUGUCAGAGGUUCAGGGCCUCCACACAUGAAAGACAAUGGUGUGAUCUAGCUUAUUGUCUAUCACUGUUGCAAUAUUCCGACCGUUCAUUGCGGCGACUGCUUGAAAAUUUGCCUUGCUAUGGGGAGAAAUUAACUGUACCAAUGAUCUAUGAUACAUUCAAUGACAUUUUGUACCAAGCAGGAAAAACUCAGAAGCCUGAGCGUUUGCAAAUAGUUGAAGAGUUGAAAUCAAAAAUAAGUGAGUGCCUUCAGAAAGGUCUUCCUGAAGGAGAUGCCACUAGGUUUGAGUCUGGUACAGCUGAUAGCCAAAGCCAAGAUUCUGAUGGUAGUGAUGGUAAAAAGAGGUUGCCAGCCCGAACUCCUCGAAGAACACAGAAGAUAGGGACUCGAACACCUGCAACUGUGCGAGGGCGAGGUAGAGGAAGAGGGCAGGGCAGAGGCCAAAACAGCAGAAGACGUAACACAAGGGUCUCUAGCUCAUCAGAACAGUCAUCUUCAGAGAGUGAUGAUGAAGAUGUGUUUACAAAAAAGACAGCACGAAACAGAAGAGGACGUCGAUGAAGUUUUUUAUUUUACUUUUUUAAUCAGUAGUUAAAAUUAUAUAUUAUGGGUACAUGUUUAAAUGAUGUAGAUUUAGGAAAUAAUUUCUUUAACACAGUUUUACCACAUUUUUUCUUGAUUGUGAUAUAAACCUAUAUCGUGUCAUAUUUCCUGUGUAAUAAAUUGCCAACACGUAA